UUCUUUUCCGUAAACAUGCGGGGUUUGGUGUAUUAGCCGAAGUGAGUGGCCCGAGGUUUAUUUUUAAUACGCUGAGUGAAUUUCAUAAGAAAAUAGUGAACUCGUUAAUAAAAAUGGAGACUGAAAAUCGUCAUAAAAAGAGAUCCCUUGGAGAGGAAGACAAAUCCGGCUCAGAUGGAUCGGAGGAUGAUGAUUAUGUUCCUUAUGUUCCAGUUAAAAUCAGAAAACAACAAAUGCUGCAGAAGAUGUUACGUCUGCGAGGAAAGGCUGUGGAUGAGGAGCAGAAGGACAGCGGGGAGGAGCAGAGGGAUGAGGACGAGGGUCUGGGUCCACGCUCCAACGUAAGUCUGCUUGACCAGCAUCAGCAUCUCAAGGAAAAAGCAGAAGCUCGUAAGGAGUCGGCCAAAGAGAAGCAGCUGAAAGAGGAAGAGAAGAUUCUUGAAAGUGUCGCUGAGGGAAGAGCUCUUAUGUCUGUGAAGGAAAUGGCCAAAGGUAUCAUAUAUGAUGAUCCAAUUAAAACAAGCUGGAAAGCGCCACGCUACAUCCUGAACAUGCCAGACACCAGACACGAACGUGUCAGGAAGAAAUUCCACAUUCUGGUUGACGGAGAAGGCAUCCCUGCUCCCAUCAAAAGCUUCAGGGAGAUGAAGUUCCCACCAGCCAUUCUAAAAGGUUUAAAAAAGAAAGGGAUUGUUCACCCGACACCGAUUCAGAUCCAAGGAAUCCCCACAGUGCUGUCAGGCCGAGACAUGAUCGGCAUCGCCUUCACUGGAUCAGGAAAGACUUUGGUCUUCACUCUGCCGAUCAUCAUGUUCGCCCUGGAGCAGGAGAAGAGGCUGCCUUUCUUCAAGAGAGAAGGACCGUACGGACUCAUCAUCUGUCCUUCACGAGAGUUGGCGAGGCAGACCCACGGCAUCAUCGAGUAUUACUGCAAGCUGCUGGAGGAGGAAGGAGCUCCUCAGCUGCGCACCGCCCUCUGCAUCGGAGGGAUGUCUGUGAAGGAGCAGAUGGAGGUGGURAAACAUGGUGUCCACAUGAUGGUUGCCACCCCUGGAAGACUGAUGGACUUGCUGCAGAAGAAGAUGGUCAGUCUGGAUAUUUGUCGCUACUUGGCUCUUGAUGAAGCGGACAGGAUGAUCGACAUGGGUUUUGAAGAAGACAUCAGGACCAUCUUCUCAUACUUCAAGGGACAAAGACAAACGCUGCUAUUUAGCGCUACGAUGCCUAAAAAGAUUCAGAACUUUGCAAAGAGCGCCCUGGUCAAACCGGUCACUAUUAACGUGGGCCGAGCCGGAGCUGCCAGCUUGGACGUCAUCCAAGAAGUGGAAUACGUCAAAGAGGAGGCCAAGAUGGUGUACCUCCUCGAGUGUCUCCAGAAAACCCCGCCUCCUGUGUUGAUAUUUGCUGAAAAGAAGGCCGACGUUGACGCCAUUCAUGAGUAUCUGCUGCUAAAGGGAGUGGAGGCCGUGGCCAUACACGGAGGAAAAGAUCAGGAAGAAAGAACAAAAGCCAUUGAAGCUUUCAAAGAAGGAAAAAAAGACGUUUUAGUUGCUACAGAUGUUGCUUCUAAAGGUCUGGAUUUCCCAGCUAUUCAGCAUGUAGUGAACUACGACAUGCCUGAAGAAAUAGAAAACUACGUCCAUAGAAUUGGAAGAACCGGACGAUCAGGAAAGACUGGGAUCGCCACAACGUUCAUCAAUAAAGGCUGCGACGAGUCGGUUCUGAUGGACCUGAAAGCUCUGCUGGUGGAAGCCAAACAAAAGGUUCCUCCAGUCCUCCAGGUGCUGCAGACCGGAGACGAGACCAUGCUUGACAUCGGAGGGGAGAGGGGCUGCACGUUCUGCGGAGGUCUCGGCCAUCGGAUCACAGACUGCCCCAAGCUGGAGGCCAUGCAGACCAAACAAGUCACCAACAUCGGGCGAAAAGACUACCUGGCUCAUAGCUCCAUGGACUUUUAAGAGCAGGUUUAGCAGGAUCAAACCUGCCCUUUUUACAGAAGUGAGAAAUAUUAGUGAGGAGACUGUAGUGAAUUCUAAUGUCAGCCGAUUGAGGAAGUGUUUUAUUAUCACCCAACACUUUACGAAGGUCACUCAAAGAUCAAUCAAUUUGACUUUUUAUUCUUCGGAAAGUUAAGAUCUAAAUACGUGUUUGUAAAAACUGCAAAGCUGUAAUUGUAAAUAAAGCCUUUUUGUAUUCGUU